ACAAUCAACCCCUACUCUUACUGCGGUGCUUCUUCUGAUAACAAUUUUUCACGUCCUAGCUUUGAAUUUUUAUUUUUUUUCAGAGAAGCCAGACAGAAUAACAGUUCUGUUGACUAGACGGGCCGGAGGGCUUGUUUCUGUGUCCUGUGACCCAAAGAACGAACCGUUUCUGUCUCUCGCCCAUUUCAACAUCUCCACGGGGCGCGGCUUCCAGACGAAAAAGGCUGCCGUCGUAAAGUGUGAUGCUUUGUUUGCCGGGAGGAGUGUCGUAAACCUUUAAGAGGGUCAUUUCGGAGCUGGGAUUUUGUCAGGCGCCGUUGUGAGAGGAGGAGGGGGCGAUGGACGAAGACAUCUUGACCACCCUCAAGAUCUUAAUCAUUGGCGAAAGCGGUGUCGGCAAGUCGAGCUUACUGUUACGGUUUACAGAUGAUACCUUUGACCCAGAACUUGCUGCAACAAUUGGUGUUGACUUCAAAGUGAAAACAAUUGCAGUUGAUGGAAAUAAAGCAAAACUUGCCAUAUGGGAUACUGCUGGACAGGAGCGGUUCAGGACUUUGACUCCUAGCUAUUAUCGUGGCGCACAAGGCGUUAUCCUGGUGUAUGAUGUGACAAGAAGAGAGACCUUUAUAAGACUAGAAAAUUGGUUGAAUGAAUUGGAGACAUAUUGCACAAGGAAUGAUAUCGUGAAAAUGUUAGUUGGAAACAAAAUUGAUAAAGACAAUCGUGAAGUGGACCGGAAUGAAGGUCUGAAGUUUGCAAGGAAACAUUCCAUGUUAUUCAUAGAGUCAAGUGCAAAGACGCGUGAUGGUGUGCAGUGUGCAUUUGAAGAACUUGUUGAAAAGAUUAUUCAGACACCUGGAUUAUGGGAGAGUGAAAGUCAAAGUAGUAAACUGAGAUUAUCGGACUCAUCUGAUGCCAAUAGUGGAGGUUCUUGUGGUGGAUAUUGUUCCGUACUGUAAGACUUUCGAUGCAGUUGCUUUAAGCCAAUUUUAAAUAAUUGGUGAAUCAUUUGUAUAAACUCUAGAGUUGACAUUGCAGUUUGCACAAUUUGUUCAUGUUGUAUAAAACUGUCCCUGUAAUUACUCAAGGCUAAGUCAGUUGUAGCCUUGCAGAUCUUUGAAAUCCAUAGUUAGUGUUCAAAAACACAUUUCUUGUAAUGUCAAAUCUCCUUGUAAUUUGAAAAUAACAUUUAGAAAUUCUAAUCAUUGAGAGUUCGAGUUCAUGUGUGUGUGUUUAUACAGGCCAGCUUCAUCUAGAAACUGACUAUUCACUGCAGACUCAAAAUAAUUUUUCUUGUGUUUUCACACUUCAUUGCUGAACCACAUUGCUGUAUUUCCCUUACCCCAGCCUCAAAUAUUUAGUAUGGUUUGCAAAUUUUGGUAUGUUUUAAGAUAACUAUAUUUCCACUGCUGUUAAUCUAGCUGACUAAGCAUAACUGCACGAGAGUAAAUUUGUAUCAGAUGUUGAAGUAUCAACGUUUCUUCAUAAACUACUGUUUCACAUUGUUCUGGUAAAAUCUUGCUGAGUUUUUUCACAGCAUCAGAAUUUUUUUAGCUGUCAUGUCCACAGUUGUGUUAAACAGAUUAUGAGUGGCAUGCAACAUUAAUUGUUGAAAAAUAUGAUUUUUUUUAACGCUUACUCUACUGACAUGAAAGAUUAGACCUAUCGUAAAUUUCCCUUCCAUAAUAACCAAAGGAUUAGAAUCAUUUGAAAAUACUUCUCAGUCAUUUAUGAAGUUAAUCCUUAAUUACCAGAAUACUCUUCUAACAUUCUAGCUUUAUUUUACUGGGUACAUUAAUACUUCUGUUCAGUCUCAUUCAUUUAGAACUCUACUAUUAUAUAUUCAAAUAUUUAAAAGUAUUGUGCAAACUACAUUUUCAUGUAAUCUAUAUAAUUUUUCUUUUAAGUGGUGAUACUGAAAAUUGUUUUUUAAGAAAUGUAGAUUUAAGGCUAAAUAGGAAUUGUAGAGAAUGGGAUCUUAAAGUUGAGUCAAAUCUCUAAAAUGUAAAAUCUAUUAUUGCUGCAUGCUUCUAGUGUUUAUUUAUUGCUUUAUCUUAUGCAUAUUUGCUGAAUGCUUAAAGGUAGCUGUCAUAAAAUGAAAUUAAAGGAAUAAUCCCAGUGCUGUUUAAUUUUUGCUCUUGUAUCUUAUGAGCUGCACAACUAUCUUUUUUAGGGUAGAAUAUUUGUUAUCUCCAAAGGUAAAUAAAAGGCUAAAUAUUUGGAAUUGAGCAGGUUGAAAAUUAAAUGUAAAAAUAAAGGUUUGUUUAUAUCGUGC